AGAAAAAAACACAUUACAAUUAGUUUUAUGUUAUAUGUCAGUGGGUGUAAAUAUACUGAUUUCCAAGGUUUGUUGAAAGUGAAUAAACAAUUUCAGCGCUGUUAGAAGCCUUUGUUAAAACGGAGAGACAAUUCUGAAACUCACAUAAACUCUGUAAAUAUUGAACAUGAAUUUUUGCACUUUAAGCUUUUGCAAGGUAAUCAUUUCCCUGCUUUCCUCAAAGUAAAAUACUGAAGUGCCACAAGCAUGGACACACCUAUAAAUGAACUUGAAAGUGUCAGCAUUCCCCAUUAUUACGCAACAUAUAGUUAUCAGUUGUGACAGGGAUAUACAUACACCUGACAUGUUGAAAUCAUUUGAUGGACUAGAAUAACCAGCUUUCUACCACCACGCACAUCCUGAAAGACUGAACAGAGACAGAAGUGAAGCUGCGAUGCCUGGUCAUGUUGGAGGAGAGCGAAGAAUGCGAGGACAGGAGCAGCAACGUGGGCAAGUUUCCAGAUAAUGAAUUUUAUACUGCAAUUAUGGACCAAGACUCGGGACGCAUAGAAGACAAGUCAAAAAAGCACGGGAGCAACUUUCUUAUCGAGAUAGGCGGCUCAAGCGGAGAAGUUUUGUGGAAGGGCCUCGCUACACUUCCCCUUCAUCUGGCCGCCUCUUACGGAAGAGUGAAAAGUAUGCAGAGCCUGCUGUCGACAGGAGCAGACCCGGAAAUGAGGGACCAGCUCGGUCGAACCCCUCUGCACUUGGUGAUCGCCGGUUGGCCGAGCAUCGCGCCCACUACUAAAUCGAGCUCCAAGUUCCACACUGCUGUGAUGGGGAAGCGUAGGCAGGCAGAGGCCUGUCUGCGGCUCCUCUGUGAGCACGGCAUUAACGUCAAAUCAAAGAUUGAGGGGAGUCACCAGACAGCUCUCCACCUAUCAGUACGCUACCUGGCUCUGUCUGCAAUCCCAAUUCUGGCCAGCUUUGGUGCUGACGUUAAUGCUGUGGACAAUAGUGGGAUGACCCCCCUGCAUAUGGCUGCCGGGGUCCUCCAUAAGGACAUCAUGGCCAGCUUGAUCAAGGAGGGAGCUGACAUGAACAUGGUUCGUAUUGUGACCCUUUCACUGUCGUUUCUGUGUUUCUAAGCCUGUUAAAAUAUGUGCAUUAGGUUCUACACCUGUACAAUCAAUUCAAUACAUUCUUGACUAUAUUAAAGGCGGUGAGGCACUCUGGGAACACUCCUUUGCACCUAGCUGCUGUGGCAAUCUCCAUGAAGACCACUAAAACCUUGGAGGA